AUGAAGAGAACAACCGAUUCAUCACCUAAACUACAUUCAUCGACUGUUGGUUCUUCAGGAGGAGGUGUAUCCACUCCAACAGAUAAUACAACUCCAUCAACAAGCUCAACAUCAUCAACAUCAACAACAUCAACAACAAAGAGAACUAUUUCAUCAACUACCAGUAGUAGCAGUAGUACUCUAAGAACUAGACCACUUAGUUCUGUUACAUUGUCAUCACGAACACCGUCCACAUCAAAGUCAUCGACAUUGCCAUCAUCAAUGCCAUCAGAACAAAAGAGAACAGUGUCCUCACUAAAGUCAUCAGGAUCAUCACUAUCGUCAAGAUCAACACCAUCCAUCCUAAAGACAUCGUCGUCGUCAUCGUCAUCCACUGGCUCAUCAUCAUCUUCAACACGUCCAACAUCUACGACGCGCUCAACAACAACUCUAAGAUCGAGAACUGGCACAACAACAUCAACAUCAACAUCAACAUCGUCAUCAUCAUCAAAAGCAUCACCAGAGAUCAAGUCUGGUGGUAGUGUUGCCAAGCCUCCAGCGAUCGAUGGAGGAAGCAUCAGUAGCAGCACAUCCUCGACUGGCUCACAAGAGUAUGAGCGUGUUGUAUCAGAGUUUAUCGAUCUGGAUGAUAAGCCACGUGUCCCUCCUCCAGUCUCCAACACUGCAGAUCAACAGACAUUCCUCAAUGAUCCCUUGAACCCUAUUGUUAUCGAUGAUAGUGAUGGAGAGGAGGAGGAGGAAGAAGAGAACACUGGCGAUGUCAACCUGGAUACUACAACCGAUGAGCUUCAACAGAUAACCACCGAGGAUGAUGAUGUUGUUGGCGAGAAUGAAACAGCUGAUGACGAACAACAAGUUGACCAAGGCCAGGAGGAGGAUGAGACAGUGGAGGAGGCUGCCAAGGAGGAGGAGCCUGUGGAGACAAUAAGCACAAAGAAGUCUGGCGGAUGGCUAUCAUCACUAUUCAAUCUGAUUCCAAAACAGAGCAACACAAUGAGGAAGUCACAAACCAUUUCCUCUGCCUCUCCCUCAACAUCCAGUGAGUUUGCACAACCAAAACUCGUGCCAAACACAUCAGCAACCGAGAGCUCUGAGCAGAGGCCCAACAACCAGCCAAUCGAAUCAUCAUCAAACAUUGUCUACAGUCCUCCCCCUCCCGUCGUCCAUUCAAUGCCACCUCCAACAAACGUACAGCCAAUGCAUGCACCACCACCACACCUACAACAACAUCAACAGCAUCAACCUCAUCACAUGCCACAUCAUCUCUCCACCAACUCACUCUACGCCAACCCUCAACAAGCAUACUCACACUCAAGAGCGCAGUCGUCUCCAAUGUUGAUGUCCAACCCCAACAACAACAAUGUUAGACACUCGCAGCAGCUGGCACCGGGAAUGUUCAAUCCCAACAUGUUCCAGGCGCACAACCAACCGAAUGGCGUCGCCCUGUUACCCUUUGUCAUUGCGCCCGCCAAGGCACUAUCGAUCUUCCACGACUGGCACAAGUCGUUGUGGUUCGCGCCAACCAACUUUAGGGAGCACCUGGAGCAGAGUCUGCAGCUGAACUACUACUUCAUCCCAUACUACAACUUUGGCGCCGCCGUCACUUCGGUGCACCGCGGCCAGAUCGGACACAUCAAGAGCGAUCAACAGCAGCAAGUGGUCAUGCAGGGCGACAACAAGCCCGAGACCUACAAUGAGGAUGAGAUUGAAUGGACCAACGCCAUGACCAACCCUUAUCCACAAACUUACUCUGAUAUCCUGGUAUAUGCGCCGUGUGACUUUGUUGACGCACCCAUCUACGAGGACAUCAAGGAGAUCCAAUACUGGAAGUUGGACAUUGGCGAACAAUACUCCAACGGUCAUCCACAACUCACUCAACCUAUUUAUGAACCAGCCAGAUACUAUCCACUGUCACAUCAAUACCAACAUCAUCAUUCACCAACAACUCAAUACAAUCCUUCACUUCUAAUGCCUCCUCCACAGAUGCAACUACAACAACAACAACAACCACCACAACAAACAAACAUUGAUCCAAUGCUCAACAAGAUACCAACAGUCAUAACACCAAUGGCGAUGGAGUCAGCUUGGACCUAUGCAGAGACAAAGAUCAAGAGGAAUGAGUCAUAUGGAAACGAGGUGAAGCUGAAGAAGGAUCACUUUGGACACACAGUCGCCAAUGUAGAGACAGAGACUCAAGUUGACUCAUUUACAUUUAGAACUAUAUAUGCACCAGUGUAUAAGAUCACCUAUAACUUUGAAGGCACACAAUACUCGUUCAUUGUGAAUGGUCAGAACGGAAACAGUCAUGGCGUUAGACCUUAUGGCAUUGGUUCGAUAAAGAACACUGCAAUCAAGUUCCUCACAGCUGGCCUGUUUGAAAGCAAGGUGUCCACAACAGCCUCAUCGACCACAUCCAGCAACACAAUCACUGCCAAUGGAAUGAUCUUGGGUUCAGACCUGGACGUAGUCGAUGGAGAUCAGUACUACAAGCCUGACCUCUACUACAUGUUGUUGCCAUCAUCAGAUCAAUUUCUAAUGAUCAAGACAACUGGUUAUAUUGUGUUGAAGAACAAUGGACAGAGUCCAAUCAAGAUCGAGUCACACAAGAGAAUGAGUGGGGAGACUGGUGGAGAGUGUAUUAUAGAUGCAGGUGCGAGUAUGACGUUCUCAUACAAGGGCACCUGGUGUAUAUGUGUAGUCGAAGGCGUGCCCUCAUCGUUAGAGUUGGUCAGGGCCGAAACAAACUCUGGUGGCGACAAGCCCGAGGGUGACUUGUUAAUGGUAUCCUCUUGA